AUGACACCGACAACGCACCUCCGCUGUUUGAGGUAUUUGACCCUCCUCGGCGCGGAUAUCACAGCUUUAACGUCCGGGUCUGAUACUCUGUUCAUUGGAACUUCGGUUGGGAUCGUACAUGUGAUCAAUUCGGCGUUCAAGAUUGUCAGGUCGUUUCCGACGUACGAGAAUGACUCCGAACAUGUGGGGAGUAUUCGGCAUAUCAAGCAGGUGGAAGGAACGAAAUUACUUGUUACGGUUAGCGAGGACUUGAGCACCGAGCCCGUGCUGAAGGUGUGGGCUUUAGAUAAGACGGAGAGGAAGACGGGGUCACCGCGGUGCCAGAGCACAGUUACAAUUCAGAAUGGUCGACGACAGUUUCCAAUAUCUGCGUUCGCUACUACGCCUUCGCUGUCGCUUGUCGCUGUCGGGUUCGCUAACGGGUCUAUUGUACUGAUCCGAGGUGACCUGAUCCAUGAUCGCGGUUCUAAGCAGAGGAUCAUCUUCGAGUCUGAGGAACCUAUCACAAACUUGUGCUUCUCGCCACCACCAACGACUCCGGGUGCUCAUGCUCAUCAAGGGGGGUUCGGCCCCUACCGCCACACACCCGCCCCUGAUGGCGGGGAUACUUUGUAUGUUUCAACUAUUGGCCGUAUAUUGACACUGGUUACGGCCGGUAAGGGGACUGGCCAACCGAGGGUGCUAGAAUCACAGGGGUGUGGGCCAGGGUGUAUGAAGCCUGCCAUCGAUUUCUCGUCUGAGGAAAAGGGCCUUGCCGGGGAGGGAAGUGACAUCGUGGUAGCGAGGGACGAUGCAAUAUACUUCUAUGGGCCUAAUGGGAGAGGUGCGUGUUAUGCAUAUGAGGGGCCGAAGGAAAUGGUGCACAUCUUCAAGAAUUAUGUGGCCUUAGUCUCCCCGCCAGCUUCGCAACCUUCUACUGCACCCAGGUCCGGCGGGAUGACAGGGACACUGAAGAGGCUUGUGGGGAGGGGUGUGGCGGCAGCAGUUACCGAAGAUCCGUUCGAUGUAACAAAGUUUACUCUUCUGGACACAGAACUGAAGUUCGUGGCACACUCGGAGAGAUUAAUUUCUGGUGUCAAGCAGGUGUUUGGCACAUGGGGUGAUUUGUUUGUUUUGACAUUCGACGGGAAGGUUCAUCGAUAUCACGAAGUUAGCUUACAGGAGAAGUUGGGUAUUCUGUACGCUAGAAACCUUUAUAUCCCCGCCAUCAAUUUGGCGCAGAAGGCUGGAGUUGGGGAGGCGAAAUUACGGGCGAUAUACAGGCGAUAUGCCGACUACCUGUAUGGCAAAGGAGACUGGGAUGGGUCCAUGCAGUGGUAUAUCAAAGCUAUUGGUAAAUCGAACGAGGAGGGUGUCAGUACUGUCAUACGAAAGUUCUUGGAUACCCAGCGGAUUCACAACCUCAUUGAAUAUUUGGAAGAGUUACAUAUGCAUGAUAUUGCAACGUCGGAUCAUACAACGUUGCUCUUAAAUUGCUACGCUAAACUUAAGGAUAUUGGGAAGUUGGAAAAGUUUAUUAAGGUGUCUUCUGGUGAGGGCUUGAGGUUUGACGUUGAUACUGCUAUCGCUAUGUGCAGACAAGCCGGCUACCACGAGCAGGCCGUAUACCUGGCCGAGAGACAGGAUGAACAUGAGGUUGUCGUUGGAAUCCUUGUGGAGAAUCUGGGGAAGGUGGAUGAGGCACUAGGGUACACGAAAAGACUGGAGCCUGAUAUCGCAUACUCCAGUUUGAUGAGGUAUGCAAGGACCUUCUUGCGAGAAGUCCCACAACAGACUACCGACUUCUUCAUUGACGCUUCGCCGAAGAAGAUCUCAGACUCGGCUGCUGGGGAGGGGGGUGCCGUCCCAUUAGACCUUCCAGCGCCUUAUAAGCCUCCGAGGCCCAGAACCGCGUUUUCGUCGUUUGUCGAUCAUCCGAAGGAGUUUGUGGAGUUCUUAGAGGAUGUUCUGGAGACGGCUCGUGAGGGUGUGCUUAGUGAAGGGGAUCGAGCGGAUAUAUAUACGACAUUGUUUGAGAUGUACCUUCAGCGGGCUAAUGAAGCUAAGACUCGGGAGGAGAAGCAGCAAUGGGAAACCAAGGCGAAAGGUAUUAUUGAGGAUAAAGAGACUUUGGUAGAUACAUCUAACGUCCUUUUGCUCUCCCACCUCUCGAACUUCCGAGAUGGGACUGUAUUGGUUCGUGAGAAGCAAGGUUUGCGCUUUGAUAUAUUCAGAUCCUGCUGUUCAGCUGGAGAUACUGCUGGUGCUGUCCGCGCAUUGAAAAAGUAUGGGGCGGAAGAACCACAACUAUACGUUGCAGCAUUAUCAUACUUCACAAGUAGCCCCAGAGUUCUUGCCGAUGCCGGAGAAGAGGAAUUGCAGUGGGUGCUCAAAGUCAUUGAUGAGCAAGGUUUGAUGAAGCCUCUGCAGGUGGUACAAACGCUAAGCACCAAUGCCGUCGCCACGGUCGGCAUGGUGAAACGCUACCUCGGAGACACCAUCGAGAAAGAAAGACGCGAGAUCGAAAGUAAUCGCCGGAUGAUUGAGUCCUACAAAACCGAGACGGAGAAGAAAAAGGCCGAAAUUGAAGACCUUGGCUCAAAGCCCAGCGUCUUCCAAUCCCAACGCUGUCUCGCUUGCGGCCUCCAACUAGAACUCCCAACAGUGCACUUCCUUUGUAAACACUCCUUCCACCAACGAUGUCUCAACAAUGUCGACGACAACCCAGAAUGCCCGACUUGCUCGGCUUCGAAUCAGACCAUCCGCACGCUUAGAAAGGCUCAGGAUGAGUAUGUGGAUCGCCACGAGUACUUCAAUUCGCAGUUGCAAGAGUCGAGGGAUAAGUUUGGCACUGUCAGCGAGUUUUUCGGGAAGGGGGUCAUGGCGCCGCCGCCGGUGUUUAAUUGACACUCAUUGGACGGGGUUAUUAUUUUAUGGCAAAUAUGACGAUGCUUUUUUCUCUCUCCUUGCUUUGCUUUUUUCUUCUUUUUUCUCGCUUCUUAUAUCAUAGGUAGAAAUUGGAGUGGAGUUUCUAAAAGGAGUUCCGUUGGUUGGGGGUGGUGGGUGGCCUUGUGCAGUUGUGAGGUCUGGGAUGUUCUUAAAUUGGUAUGAUAUUAUACGCACAGUGC